UUUUGUUCCAGGACUUCAAUGUUUGUUUUAGUUUUAGCAUGAGCUAGAUAAGUGACCUAGCCAGCUACUAACAAUUUAACCCUACCAAUUUGUAAUUUUGUCAACUAUAUGUAUGUUGUUGUAACUAUGUUAGAAAAACAUGGCAGAAGACGAGCUUCUGGCGUUCAGAGAGCAUUGGAAGCAAGAACUGACGAUUAAAAACGAGGCGCAUUCGAACUGUAACGUUACUCUUCAACCAAGUCGGGAAGACUCUAAAUUAAAACGGUAUUUUGAAGAUUUUGGUCAGAACAGAAGUGAACCAGAAAAAAGACAGGAUUCAACAUCACAGGGGAGCAGUAAGGGAGGACAGGAAGCAUUUUUGUCUGCAGCAAAAACUCCAAAGGAGGACCAACCCGAGUAUGUGUCGAUAGCCGAGGGCUUGCUAGAUGGAAGGACCAGUCCCUUGUUGGAGAGGAUCCAGGAGGAGAGGACUCGAAGGAAGAGACAAUACCACAGUCUGACAAGCGCCUGUAACACUUCCUCCCAACAACAACCCCAGAGGAAAAUUAACAAGGGUGACAAAUUAGUGGAUCAAUUCAUUCAAGACCUGAAUGAGACAAAUGACAUUCCCUUCUUUGACAUUGAGUUGCCCUACGAGUUAGCUCUGAAGAUCUUCCAGUACCUCAGUCGGACAGAGCUGGGGCGAUGUGCUCAGGUGAGCAAGGCGUGGGGGGUCCUGGCAGAGGAUGAGGUGCUGUGGUUUAGGAUGUGUCACACAGAGGGUUAUCACCACGGGGCCUCUGUCUCUGACUCCCCCUGCUGGAAGAGCAUGUUACGAGACUGCAGGAACUCUGAAAACACUGUGCGCUCCAACUGGAAGAAUCGUGUUGGAUCAAUCAGCCAACUGCAGUACGAGCUGGGGAAAGUGUUGUGUGAUGUCAGUUCCUGUGACAGCUAUGUUGUUGCUGGGUACACGUCAGGGGACGUGAGACUGUGGGACACCCUCCACUGGGACUCUGCAGCCUCCUUCCUGAAGCCAAGCCCACUGACGGCAGACGUCACCCCCAGACCUCACGUCAGUCACAUCCGGGUCAACAACACUGUGGCUGUGGCUGCCUAUGACGAUGGAUGUGUGGAUGUGUGGAGCACAGAGACGGGACAAGAGCCCGUCCACCACUUCCAGAUCCCUGGGAGGGUCCACGCCCUGGCUCUGAGCCUGGAGAGCCCCACCUUGGCUACUGCUGCUGGGCUAGAUGUCCGGCUGGACCAGCCUGAUGAGAGGGGCUACUGGAGGACCCUCUGCCAGGCCACGCUACCCAAACCUGUGGAGUCUAUGAUUGUGGUGCCAUGGGCCGGGGGGCGAGGAGGGGACAGUGUCCCCCUGGUGGCCCUGUCUGCUGGGGAGACGGUGUACCUGCUGGCCCCUGAGCACUUGGAACCCCGGGUGCUCCACACCGUCUACGGCCACCCCAUCACCUGUCUGGAUGCCUCGGCCUCCCACGCUGCCCUGGGGAUCAAGAGCUGUGGCUGGGCCAUGAACGAUGGAGGCAACAAGAUCCAGGUGUACAGUCUAGAGACGGGCCAGUCGGAGAUGUCUGUGGGGAACUCAGCGGGAGACUUCUCCUGUGUCAACCUGCGAGACAGCCCUCCUCACAUGCUCGUCUGUGGAAACAAAGAUAGGAGGGUGAGGGUGUUUGACCUGCGCACCGGCUCCUCUGUGACAUCACUGUACGCCCACCACAUGGGCGUGACCUCCGUGCAGGCAGACGAUUGGAAGAUUGUGAGUGGCGGAGGUGAGGGAUUGGUCUGCGUCUGGGAGAUGAGGAUGGGAGCUAAACUGUGGGAGAUGCACAACAGGCACCCAGUCAGACACUUGAGAUUCAACACUAGCACUCUGGUGACAGCCAACAUCCCAGACGAGAAGUCUCCACGAGGGGCCUGCAUCACAGAUGAUGACCUCACAGCCCACCGCAGACAUAGGGGAGUGAUUUGCCACUAUGACUUCUCAGAGGACUCCACCUCCCAGGAACAUGUUCUGCCCAUCUGCAGGUCCAACUAUGUGGAGUCAUCUGGCUACAACUACAACAUUGGCCUGGCCGUGCCCUAUGACAUCCUGUCUGGCUCUCACGCCUCCCACUGACCCCUAUCACCAGCCCUUUAGACCCCUACUACUAGUACCACCAACCCUUCAGACCCCUACAAUCAGCCCUGCAUACCCCUACCACCAGCCCUGUAGACCGUAUGUACAAAGCAAAUCAGCUUUUAUAUAUCCGUUUAGAUUUUUCAAACUGAAUCUCAUUUUUAAUUAGUAGCUGUCCUUAUUUUUUAAAAGAAUCUCAUGUUUCCUUGGACUGUUAAGGAGUUUGUUUUAAUCUUGCAAAUUUUGUCUAGCGCAAUGAAUUCUGAAUGGAUUUCAUCUUAUGAUGGGAUCAUGUUUUGUUAAAGAUCCAGUGCAGUCAAACACGUGAUUUUUCUGUGUUUUAUAUAUAUUUCCACAUGAUGAUAUUGCCCUUUUGGUGUAAGAGCUAGUUAAUAGAACAAUAAGAAAGAUGGUUUCAAACCCCUGCCAAUAAUAGCUAAUUUUCAGUUUUCUCCUUCCCACUCCCAGAUAUUCCUAGCAAAAUUCUUGCUUGAGAAAUGUCUCUUUGCUAAGCUACUUUUGUUAAUCUUUUACCAUUAACAAAAAACAAAACAAAAAUUCCCUUUUUAAUUUUACCCCCUUUUCUCCCCAAUUUUGUGGUAUCCAAUUAUUAGUAAUUACUAAUAUUGAGAUAGAAACUGCUGCAUUGGACCUUUAACUAGACAUUGAAGUUGGUACUGACAUCCUCCAUAAAUUGAUGGGCAACAACAGUCACAUGGUCCUUUCACUUAAUUUACUUCAGUGGAAUUGCAGAUGGCAGUCUUAUCUAUCUUCACAAGAAGAUGGACGCAAAACACAAGUAACUCCAACAAUUUUUCAUCUCAUAAUUUCUUUAUUUUUAAUUAAUGACUAAAAUAUGUGUAUACAUUAGUGCAAAGACUAUUACAGGUUCUUUGGAUAUAAAGAACAAUAUUCUUCUAAUGUAUUUAAACAUUUAUUUUAAGGAUCAAUGUUUUCACCAUGAGUAAUACAUAAAAGUGGUUAUUUGUAAGCGGUCUUUGAUUUGGUGGUGAGACUCCACUGAAAGGACACAGAAAUAAUGAAGCUUGGUGAACUAAAUAAAUGAGUUUUCCGUGUA